GCCAUCAUGGGAGUGUCUGUUUGGCUUUUGGGGCUAUUUUGUGUAGGCGCUGUUUUGUUACAGACAGUCGUAUCUCAAGACAGUUUGCCGAUCAUCUUUGCGAGACAAAGAACUGCUGUAAAUCAAUCAGAUGAUUUAGAAACGAAUGAUUACACCUGCAAAGAAGAGCGAAUUACUUGUGGCAGUUGUUCGAAAAUUAUGAUUUGCAACUACCAAAAACAGAAUGUUGGUUCGUACGAGUGUAGUUCUAUCGAUCCACAACGUCCGUACUGUACUGAUAAUGGAGUUUGUUCAGCUGAAAAUAAAUGCACAAUUCCAAGCGACCUCUGCCCCACCAAGGAAUAUUUCUAUCCAGUCCCCAGCAAUUGUGGUGAAUCGGUUUACUGUGGCUCGGAUCUGCAAGCAACCAAGUAUUCUGCUCCUUCCUCAGCGUACUUUUUUGAUUUUAAAUCUCAAAAAUGGGUCGCUCGCAAAACAGCAGCCGACUGUUUCCAAAUUAACUGUGCCACUUCUGCAAUGCUGAACAAAUUUUUUGCAUAUAAACCAAAUCCUCAGCUAUAUUUUUACUGUGCAUCAAGUGGUCCAAUGACUUUCAGAUGCGAUGCCAAUAAGAUAUUCAAUGAGGCGAAGAGAAUGUGCGAGUUUGGUUGCAUCGAGGAAGGAGAUUUCCCGAUAGCUGGCGUAGACGAUCGCUACUACGCAUGUUUACCAGGAACGAACGGAGUGUUACAAAAGUUCGAGCUGUCUUGUCCGCCUGGUCUGAAAUUCGAUGGCAAAGUAUGUGCAAAAGCGACAUCAACAUAA